AUGCAAAUCACAACUUUCUUCCUCGUUGCUUUGUGGUCUGGUAUCGGUUUUGCGGUGCCGAGUCCUGACACCACAAUCCUCACCCGCUCCCUCGGCCUCUGCAAAUCCCCAUCUUGUACUUCGAAAUGUCCAGAUGGAACACCAUAUGAUUGCUGCGUAACCUACGUCCGCGACCCCUGCGCCGACCACCAAAAAUGCGCGUUCAUGGAUUGUAUCUGCGAGUGUGAGAAAAUCCCAGCAACAUACCUCUGCAACGCAAACUAUUUCCGCGACCCCUGUUCGCCGCUCCACCCCACGCAUCCGAUCGAAACACAUACCCUCGUGUUGCCGGACCCAGCUGCACCUACUGCGUGUGAGAAGAAAGGGAAGAAGGCUGCGAAGAAGUGUAAGAAGAUGGCACCAUGA